AUGGAGAAGCACAUCUUCUUAUUGAUUCUUCUCUUUCUAAUUCAAUUUUCUAUAUCAUUUGCUUCCUCUAGUGAGACUGACCAACAAGCUCUAUUAGCUUUCCAAAAUCUUAUUACAAGUCCCACUCAUUUUUUGGCCAACAAUUGGACCAAAAAUACUUCCUUUUGCUCUUGGUUUGGUGUCACUUGCACUCCAAAAAGGCAAUGGGUUGUGGCCUUGGCUCUUCCUAAUUUGCAUCUUCAAGGCACAAUCUCAACGUCUUUGGCCAAUUUGUCCUUCCUCAGUGUUCUCAAUCUCGAGAACAACAACUUCCGCGGUGGCAUCCCUUAUGAACUUGGCCACUUGCCUCGCUUGCGAGUGAUUGAUAUUCAAAACAAUCAGCUCAACGGAAGUAUACCAACAAGUCUAUUUCAACACCGGAGAGUUCAAGUAAUUUCAUUGGCUUUCAAUGAACUCGGUGGUGAAAUGUGGAAAGGGCCAUGGUAUGUACCCAAACUCAGAGUCUUGGAUCUCACCAACAAUAACCUCACGGGUAUGAUCCCUCCUUCUGUUGGAAAUGCCACAAAAAUGAUGAACUUCAGUUUGUCUGGGAAUAGAGUCAGCGGCAACAUUCCAAAGGAGGUCGGUAAUCUGAGCCAACUUGCAGACUUGUCCUUGACUGACAAUCAAUUAACAGGUUCCAUUCCUGUAGGACUAUUUAAUAUCUCGUCGCUACUUGCCAUAAAUCUGCUAUACAAUAGACUUUCCGGUCCUCUCUUGCUAGAUGAAGGAAUUUUUUUGUCAAAUCUGAAGUUUCUAAGUAUAUCUCGCAACCAGAUUUCUGGUUGCAUUCCUUCCAACAUAUGCCAACUCAGAGAGCUCAAAGUUUUGUCCAUAUCUUUCAACAACAUAACUGGAGACAUACCCAAAAAUAUUGAUUGUUUAUCCAAUCUCCAGGAGUUUUUUAUUCGUCAUAAUUCAAUAAAAGGGACUAUUCCCACUUCAUUGGGAAAUAUUUCAACUCUGCAAUAUCUUUAUUCUGGAAGCAAUCUCAUAGUGGGGCCAAUUCCUCCAGAAUUAGGGAAGCUAUCAAAUUUGAGGGUAUUAACCUUUUCCAAUAAUUCUCUUAUUGGUCAAAUUCCAGAGGCUAUUUUCAACAUAUCUUCUUUGGAAGUGAUUGUUUUCAAUUUCAACAAUCUCUCCGGGAGAUUUCCAACCACUACAGGUCUUCAUCUUCCGAACCUUAAAGUACUUGAGUUGGGAGUCAAUCAGCUGGAAGGGGAAAUUCCAUUGUUCAUAACAAAUGCUUCCAAGCUUCAGAUACUGGCGCUAGAACAUAACUCUCUCACGGGAGCUAUUCCUACUAAUUUGGGGAAUCUUCAUGAGCUGCGAUCACUCAUACUACAUCGUAAUCAACUUACCAAUGAACCAAGAGAGAGUGAGUUGUUAUUCUCCAAUUCUUUGGCGGACUGUAGGAUGUUGCUAUGUAUAGAUGUGGGUGAAAAUCCGUUGAACGGCGUUCUGCCCAAUUCUAUUGGGAAUCUUUCAUCUACUCUUGAAUACUUGAAUAUACAAGAUGCACACAUCAACGGCCUCAUUCCCACAGGUAUAAGCAACAUGAGCAGUCUAAUGACACUAGACUUUCAAGGAAACAACUUGACAGGGAGUAUUCCUUCUGAUGUUGGUAAGCUUAAACAACUCCAAGGUCUGUUUCUAACUAACAAUAAAUUGCAUGGACAUAUUCCAGAGGCGGUAUGCCAUUUAUCUAAUUUGGUUCAAUUAUUUCUAAAUGGUAAUGAGCUCUCUGGAUUAAUUCCAGAAUGCUUAGGAAAUCUUAGCAUGCUACAGAAGCUUUAUUUGGGUUCUAAUAAAUUUUCAUCAAAAUUUCCGUUGAGCCUUUGGAAGAUGAGUGGUCUUCUCUAUCUAAGUGUGUCACAAAAUUCAAUAGAGGGAGAAGUUCCAUCAGAUAUUGGAGGAAUGAAAGCCAUUGUAGAACUAUAUCUUUACAGUAACCACUUUUCAGGAAUGAUACCAACCAGAUUCGGGGAACUCCAAAACCUGCAGUAUCUUGACCUAUCAAACAACUCAUUUUUUGGUCAAAAUUCCAUUUAUCCUUUGCCAACUUGA